AUGCCUACCAAACGGACAGUGCUUAGCGACGUAGCUAGAUUGUAUGAUCCGACUGGCUUAUUGGCACCGGUUGUCAUUGUGGCAAAACUCUUUAUCCAGGAUCUGUGGAAGGCGGGAUUGCAGUGGGAUUCGGCACUGCCACCGGACCUGCUCAAUGCUUGGUUAAUAUUCCGCAACGGGUUAGCGGACAUUUCACGACUUCGGAUUCCACGUUGGCUAGGCAUGCGUGCCGAUUCGAUGGUGAGGCUCCAUGGUUUCUGUGAUGCUAGUCGUAAGGCAUAUGCAGCUGCGGUGUAUGUCCAGACGGUGGAUCACAAUGGUAAUUCAGGUGCAGCUCUGGUUGCUGCAAAGACGAAGGUCGCUCCGGUCAAGGAAGCGACCAUACCACGCCUUGAGUUAUGUGGUGCCCACCUACUUACAAUCACUAUGAACCACGUCCGCCAGGCUCUUGAUCUACAAGAUGUCCCUUGCAUAUAUUGGUGCGAUUCAACUGUUGUAUUAUGCUGGAUCCGCAAGGCACCUUCAGCUUUCAAACAGUACGUUUCGAAUCGAGUCGCUUUCAUCCAGGCCAAUUCGGAUGUAAAUUCCUGGAACCACAUCCGAUCGGAGCUUAAUCCGGCGGAUUGCGCAAGCAGGGGCUUGUCGCCAUCUGGUCUAGAAAGUCAUCGACUUUGGUGGGCCGGACCGACAUGCAUCCAUCAACACACAACCGUAGGAUCGGAACCAGUUACGAUGACGGAGGAAGAUCAGCACAUUUUUAGAUCCGAAUCUCGCCCUUUGUAUACGCUAGUAUCUCGUGUUGACUGCCAGUGGCUCAUGACAUCAGGUGACGGUAAUCGUGUACCUCUCAUAGAGAGGUUUAGCACGUUGGGGCGUCUUCUCAACACCACGGCGCGUCUUAGACGCAUACUACCGUUAUUUCGAGGCAACAGAGGGGUUGUGGUCUCCGCCGAAGAGCAGAACUGGGCGCUGGUCUUACACAUUCGUCAGGCACAAGGUAAUACUUUCAAACAGGAAAUUAAAGCACUUGUAUCUAAUUCCAGAAUUGAGGGUCGCAGUCCACUUCGACCCCUAAACCCGUUUCUGGAUGAAAAUGGAAUAUUGAGGGUUGGCGGCCGACUAACCAACGCUGACAUGAGUAACGAUCAGCGACACCAAAACAUAGUCCCACGCGGCACUCUAGCAGAUUUGAUGGUCGCAGAUGCACAUCAGCGCUGCCUUCAUGGUGGCAUACAGCAGAUGCUCCAGUUUCUCCGACAACGUUUUUGGCUCAUAUGUGCGCGGGCCCAGGUAAAAUCUUACAUCUGGAGGUGCACCGUAUGUCGAAGACAUCUGCAAAUUAUGCAGCGUCAACAGAUGGCGUCGUUACCAAAGGAACGUGUCCUUGUUGCACCACCAUUUUACCGCAGUGGCUUGGAUUACUGCGGCCCCUUCCAUGUUCGAGUUGGCAGCAAGCGCUCAGCAGUUACGACAAAAACCUAUGCAGCCAUUUUCGUUUGUAUGGCAUCGCGUGCAGUUCAUAUUGAGCUGGCAGAAGACUUGAGUACACAAGCAUUUAUAAACGUGUACGACCGCUUUGUGAGUCGACGAGGCAUCUGCGCUACCUUAUACAGCGAUAAUGGUACUCAGUUUAUUGGUGCGAAUCGACAAAUGCAGGAGGAUUUACAGGCAUGGGUGAACGUGUUUGCACAACAACACCUGGUGGCUGUAGGAACCCACUGGAAGUUUAUUACACCAUCGUCACCUCAUCACGGUGGCCUUUGGGAAGCAGCGGUGCGUUCUGCCAAAAAGCAUCUAUUGCGAGUCAUGGGUCGUCAAACAAUGCGCUUCCCCGAGCUCUACACUCUUUUGACGCGUAUAGAAGCCUGCCUCAACUCACGGCCAUUGCUGGCUUUAUACGAUGACCCAGAAGGUUANAAGCAUCUAUUGCGAGUCAUGGGUCGUCAAACAAUGCGCUUCCCCGAGCUCUACACUCUUUUGACGCGUAUAGAAGCCUGCCUCAACUCACGGCCAUUGCUGGCUUUAUACGAUGACCCAGAAGGUGGUGUAGCGCUCACUUNGCUCACUCCGGGUGAUUUCAUUAUUGGCCGCCCGUUGAAUUGUCGUCCGGAACCUCCAUUACCAGAAGUUCCAGAAAAUCG